AUGCAAUUCAAGUCUGACCAUGGUGAAGUAGGGGGGAAGACAGGAGAGUUGGGUACAGAGAAUCUCAACCUCCAGCCAACCUCGAAGGUUCAAAGAAGGCCAGUCAGAAGUUCUGGAGCCAAUAUCUCUCUUCAGAAAAGUUCCCCACCUGAGAGGAACAGACCUGUCUUAGUACCCCUGACACACUCGGUCAUUAGCUGGGAGCAGCCCAUGGAGACCGUGGCUUUGACACAAACAGUGACAGAUUUGGAGCACAGCCUCUGGGGCUGUCAGUCAAGGGAGCUCCCUGCAGCAGCAGAGCUGAGCAGUGCAUUUGCGUGGCUGCCACACCACAGCUUCUAUAAAGAAACAAACGUUCAAAAAUUACUAAAGGGGGUUCUGCGGGAGCCGCAGCAAGCGGGCGACGUUACCUCCCCGCGAGCCUCUGAGGGGGCCGCCGGGCCUUGUCCUACCGCAGUGGCCACGCCGCUGCCGUCCCGGCCCCGGGCAGCCUCCGGGGUGGAGAAGAGCAGCAAGAAGAAGACCGAGAAGAAACUUGCCGCCCGCGAGGAAGCUAAACUGCUGGCAGGCUUCAUGGGCGUCAUGAAUACCAUGCGGAAACAGAAAACAUUGUGCCAUGGGAUCCUUAUGGUCCAGGAAAGAAAGAUACCUGCUCAUCGUGUUGUCCUUGCUGCAGCCAGUCAUUUUUUUAACUUAAUGUUCACAACUAACAUGCUUGAAUCAAAGUCCUUGGAAGUGGAGCUCAAAGACGCUGAACCUGACAUCAUCGAACAGCUUGUGGAAUUCGCUUACACCGCUAGAAUUUCUGUGAAUAGCAACAAUGUUCAGUCUUCGUUAGAUGCAGCAAACCAGUACCAGAUUGAACCUGUGAAGAAAAUGUGUGUUGAUUUUUUGAAAGCACAAGCUGAUGCUUCAAAUUGUCUUGGUAUAAGUGUGCUGGCAGAGUGUCUAGACUGUCCUGAAUUGAAAGCAACUGCAGAUGACUUCAUUCAUCAGCAUUUUACUGAAGUUUAUAAAACUGAUGAAUUUCUACAACUUGAUGUCAAGCGAGUUACACAUCUCCUCAACCAGGACACUCUGACUGUAAGGGCAGAGGAUCAGGUUUAUGACGCUGCCGUCAGGUGGUUGAAAUACGAUGAACCUAACCGCCAGCCAUUUAUGGUUGACAUCCUUGCUAAAGUCAGGUUUCCUCUUAUAUCAAAGAAUUUCUUAAGUAAAACAGUACAAGCAGAACCAUUUAUUCAAGACAAUCCUGAAUGCCUUAAGAUGGUGAUAAGAAGCAGCUCACCAGAUGGUAUUCACGUUUGUGUGUUGCUAAAAGUCCCUCAGAAUCCCCAUUCCCAAGACGAAUCCAUCAAUUGCAAUGUCGAUAAAACACAUGCCUCUGCGUUUGCCAUUGAAAAGGCCGUUUUCAGUCAGAGGAGAAAUACUGCAACAGGACACUCAGGGUGA